GCCUCACCAACCCAAAGGGAAAGUAUGGACCAAGUCAAAAUCAGCAGGGAGGUGAUGCAUAUCAAGGAAAACGGCUCCAGACAGUUGUCCCAGGAAACAGUCAAGAAGUUGAUCCACCAGUCUCAGGAGGCAAAGAAGAAAGCCUACUGUCCUUACAGCAAAUUCAGGGUGGGAGCUGCUCUCCUGACCCCUGAAGACUGUGUAUUUACAGGCUGCAAUGUGGAGAAUGCAUGUUACAACCUGGGUCUGUGUGCUGAGAGAAAUGCCAUCUCGAAGGCAGUGUCAGAAGGCUACACAAGUUUCAAGGCCAUCGCAAUCGCCAGUGACCUGGAUGACAAGUUCAUCUCCCCGUGUGGUGGCUGCAGGCAGUUCAUGAGAGAGUUUGGGCCAAAUUGGGACGUGUACCUGUCAAAGCCGGAUGGCUCGUACCUGAAGAUGACCGUGGACGAGCUGCUGCCUGCCUCCUUCGGCCCUGCCGACCUGUCCAUGAAGAAAGUGUUUGACAUUCCCAAUGAGUACUGA